GAGCUUGAAUAACUGAUUUUGCGUGUACGACGGACAAGACAAUUAAGUUUAAAUUGUCGGUGAUAUUUACAUGUGUGUAAAGACGUGUUGGGGUGGCUCAACGCUCCCGACGGGGGGUUACCUUCCACCCCCUGGGGAUGACAUUGACUAGUGCCGCUGCUGAAUAAAUCAAUGCAGCGGUGACAUCCUCGCAGAAAACAUGGCGGUGGUUGGGAAGAUCCUCGCAGCUCUAGCCGCUGCCGACGUCGGGACCUCGGCGUGGUUCGCGGCGGGCUUCCUCGGCGUUCUCACCGCCUACAUCGUCUGGAAGUUCCGGAGCGAGAAAAGCCCAUUUGCCGAGGACUGCGCCCGGCCGCCCGCCCCGCUAGUCACCGACCAAGGCGCACGGGAUAAAGUCCUCAAACAAGGAUUUGCUGUUAAGAAAGUUCCGGAGAGCCUGGAUGCCAUCGUGAUCGGUAGCGGGAUCGGCGGGUUGGGGACGGCCGCCAUCCUGGCGAAGGCGGGGAAGAAGGUUCUGGUUCUGGAGCAGCACGACCAGGCCGGCGGCUGCUGCCAUACGUUCAUCGACAAGGGCUUCGAGUUCGACGUCGGCAUCCACUACGUGGGUGAGGUCUGUAACCGUCUUCCUAACCAGGUGAUCAGCGAGCAGAUCACAGAGGGCCAGCUGCAGUGGGAGGAGAUGGACGAGGAAUACGACACCGUUGCGCUCGGAGCCUUCGACAAGCCUCGAUGGAUUCCUAUAAAGAAAGGCUACGAGCAGUUCAAGAAGAACCUUCUUCACCACUUCCCCGAGGAGGGUAAAGCCAUCAACGAGUAUGUUAGCAGACUGCAGUCUAUCCAGCGAGGCGGUGUGGUGUAUGUUGUGCUGAAGAUCCUGCCCCUGUGGCUGGCUAAGUUCCUGGUGAAGUCUGGGCUGAUCCACUGGUUCACCUGCUUCUUCAAACACGUCCGACCUCUGCGCAAGGUCACCCAGGAGCUGACCGACAACAAAGACCUGCAGUGUGUCAUGUCCUACAGUUUUGGGGAUUAUGGUGUACUGCCAGAGAAGGCUCCUUUUGCCAUGCAAGCCAUGGUCAUGUCACACUUUAUGGAGGGAGGGUACUACCCGAGGGGCGGAGCUAGUGAGAUCGCCUUCCACAUCAUUCCUGUCAUUCAGAAGGCAGGAGGGGCGGUGCUUGUCAGAGCUCCUGUCAAUCAAAUCUUGAUUGGCAGCAAUGGAGAAGCUUGUGGUGUGCGUGUGCACAAGAGCAGUGGGGAUGUGGACAUUCAUGCACCAGUCGUCAUCUCUGCAGUCGGCUUCACCAACACUUACAAAUAUCUGCUGCCCAGAGAGAUAGUGAUGAAGCAUGGACUGGAUGACAUCUUCCAACACGUUAAGCCCGGAGUUGGAGCUUUGAGUGUCUUCGUGGGCCUGAAGGGGACCAAGGAGGAGCUUGGUCUCAAAGCACAGAACACCUGGGCAUUUAUGGGGAAUGACCUUGACGGGUACCUGAACGCGUUCAUGUCCAAGGACAGGGAGUCGGCCGGCCAGGACGUUGUUCCGCUCAUGUUCCUGUCCUUCCCAUCAGCCAAGGACUCCACAUGGAAACACCGCUUCCCAGGCAAGUCCACAUGUGUGAUCAUCACGUUCACGCCGUACGAGUGGUGGGAGCAGUGGAAGGACCAGCGGGUCAUGAAGCGCGGGGAGGAGUAUGAGGGACUGAAGGACGCCAUCGCUCGACAGAUGUGGAAACAAACCUGCCAGCUCUACCCACAGCUCAAGGACAGGCUGGAGUACAUGGAAGUGGGAACCCCGAUCACCAACAACUACUACAUCGGCUGUGACCGAGGCGAGAUCUACGGCCUGGACCACGAAGUGGAGCGCUUCUCCGCUGAACUGGCGCUGAAACUGAGACCAGAGACACCCAUCCCGGGGCUCUACAUGUCAGGCCAGGAUCUGGUUACCGGUGGUUAUGCCGGAGCGCUCGCCGCAGGCGUCAUUGCCGCGGGCGCCGUCCUGAAGCGGAGCAUCUCGCUUUGGCUGGAUCUGCUGCUGCUGGACGUCAGAAGCUAUCUCACCAAGAAGAAAGACGUCUGAAAACAUCCAGCAAGUCAGCUCUUUGUAUAGCCUCUAACAGGCUUCAGAAGUGGCUGGAAAGAGUAGAAAUCAGCUAGCCUCUACCAGGCUCCAGGCAUGUCAGGAGACAGCUAGAAACACGAGAAAUGGGCCAAAGAG